UCACCAGAGUAAGCGUAAUAUCCUAUAAAACGAGACACCAAGACCUCGUAAAUCAACAUCGGGAUUAGCUUUCAAAGUCUUCACAACGCUGAAACAAAUUAAUUCAUCAAUUUACAAAAUGGAUUUCAGUGCUAAGCUCCUCGGUAUCUUUGCGCUUAUCUUUUUAUUUUUUAUCGUUCAAAAUCAAUCUCAGCCGAUAGAAGAGGCGAAUUCUGUAGCGAAUUUUUCAGAUGGUGAAAUGAUGGAAACAGCCGAAUCUCAAAAUCCUUUUCUGCCGCGUUUCGCUAUGAAAAAGUUGAAGGAAAGGCGGGAAAAAGCUCGAGCGCAAAGAAGGAAUUAUUACUAUCCAGCUCAAAGAAGAUACCAACCAGUGCAAAGUCGAGUGCGUUGUUCGCAUUAUAAAAAAUGAAGAGCUACAUAAUUUUAGUGCUAACAGCGGCAGUAGGGUUGGAUUUCGUCGUAGCAAAUUCAGUUGCAAAACAAACAGUUGCUGAUAAGGAUUUGCUAUUGUCUGAAAGUAAUGACUCAAGCACAAAUCACGAAGAAAAGUUUUCAAACAAUAGCGAUAUAGAACAAGAGAAUAUCGAAACAAGUGAAAAUGGUGAGACAAUCGUGGAGGAUAGCCCAAAUGAAGGAACCGUUGAACUUGAUAUCGUAGAAAGUAUAAAGAGUCCAAUAGAUCCAUUUGAUUUUAAAGAAGCUAUCGACAAUCAAGUAGGUUUAAAAGAGGUUUAUAAUAAUAAUCAAUUUAAUCUACAAGAAUAUGUGGAUACCAAUCUUGAAAAUGAAUUUGAAUUAGUAAAGGACGGUGAUUAUUAUUACAACGAUGUAGUUUUUAAGGACCCUAACGAAAUUAUGGAUACGGCCGCGGGAUUCGUGCCCAUUCCUAUAUUUCGUAAAAAACAAAAGCAGGCUCCCCGCAGACGAUAUGCUACUAGAAGGUAUAAUAGAAGACCCUACGCCAGCAGAAGACAAUAUUACUUCUACCCAUAUUACAGAUAUUAUCGACCAAGCUCUCUAAGAUAUUAUUACUAUUAACAUAAUAUUGUUAGUCUAGGUUUUAAUAUAAUAUGUACUUACUUAAUUUGACAAAUAAAAAACAAAUGAAAUAUGGCUUCAAAUACAUUUAUUGCUAAAAACCUUAUACUCGUAUUCGCAUUUUGCAUAAAAUUAUGUAAAUGCUUUAUUAAUUCAUUGAUAUUAUUCAUUUGAUUCAUUCAUUGAAUUUCCGUACUAAUAAUACUUACAUUUUUAUUUACAUACAUUAAUAAAUACCGCAUUAUUUUUUUAUAAUUUCAUUUUAUUAUUUAAAAACAACAGAACACAAAUGAUAGGUAAUUUUAAUAAAUUCUUACAUACAAUUGUAUUUCAUUCAUGGCAGGUUGUAGUUACAUUGCCUAUUUUAAAAGCUGCGUAUCCACUAUGUUCGCACAUAACCGUGCUGUGCAUCUGCAAAGUUGUUCCAAUAUUGAGCAUCUAUAGAUUUAAGGGGCCUAAGACGGGUCUGGCCGCGAAAUUCAAAUUUAAUUUGGUUUUUCGCAACUAAUACAACAAAGUAGGCUUAUGGCACUUUAAUUGCGCCAAUGGCAGUAUCAUCCUCACAGGUUUAUAUAAAAAUCUUUACUUGAAAGGGUCCAGCUUAAGAAAUUAGCUAUAGUAUCAACUAAUUUGUGAGUAACUCAUUAUUUUGACUAAUUUCUUAUACUGAACACUUUCAAUUAUGUAACCCUGUGAAGAUGAUACUGCCAUUGUCGGAAUUAGAACGCCAUAAGCCUACUUUGUCGUAUUAAUUUACAAAUUGCGAAAAACCAAAUUAAAGAAUUUCGCGGGCAGACCCGUCAUAUGCACCUUAACUGAGUAGGCUCCUGCCGGGUAGUGGAGGGGUGCGGGAGGGGUGACAGUUGUCACAAGUUGAGGAAUCACUGAGCUCACGCGUCACGCCACCAUACCCCUCCCGCACCGCUCCACUACCGCAGGAAGCUACUCAUCUAUCCGUUAUACCUAUAGUAAGUAUCUACAAGUUUGCAUAAUUCGACAACGUUAAUAAAUUUCGCAUAUCGAAACACUAAGGUGACCUAGAGCUUUUGUUAAUACUUGUUGUAGUGGAUGUUAAUUUGAUUUAUAGUUAUCACCUUUAAGUUUGUGUUUUAUAUCUUUGUUAUUAUUAGCUGAAGCUAAUCGAACUUCUGAUUUUUCUCGAACCAAUCUGAUUAAUUAUUUAUUAUUAUUUAUUGAUAUAUUAUAGAGCACGUCCUGAUAAUGUUAUCAUGUUAUCUUUUAAUAGUGUGAUUGGUUUGUUAAACACAUUUUCGCUUCGCUGGAUAGGAGCCCCUAUAUGAUGGAUAGAUUCUCUAAAGUACUUUUUAUUUGAAAUCUAUUAAUGUAGUCUACCAACAAUCUCCCACUUUAGGUCAAUAGUUAGUAUUACAUGUGCGCUUUUGGAAUAUAAAAUUCGUAACCAGUCGAUUGAGUUUGCUGUCGUCAUGACCGCGUCUCAGGUUGCAAUCUAUAGAGCGCACCUUGAUUUUGCUUUGCUGAGACGUUAAAACGAGACAGAUUGAUGCCAGCGGUAUAACUCUGUCUCGUUUUAACAGUGUCUAAGUCUGAGCAAAGUCAAAGUGCGCUCUAUAGAUUUGUCUCAGAGCAUUUGACGAUGCACAGAUCACAGUUGGUCCGCGAACAUAAUGCAUAUGUGCUUAUGAACGUAACACAAGCACGUACUUAAAAUAGAUGCUACGUAUAAACAUAAUUAUUAUUUGUAUAAAUAUAGACGAUAGCGUAUAAAACAAAGCUUAAACAUGUAUAAAUAAGUUAAAAUUAGUGUAAAGAAUAUAUUAUUAUUAUGUCAUACGCAACACUUCACCGUCGUAAUUAUUUAGCUUAGAUAUAUACUUUACAAACGUCGAUAGAAAUGCUAUUUGACUUAGGUAAUCAUUAAAUGUUGGAUUUUAAUUGAAGAAAA